AUGCCUGGAUCCCCAUUCGCUAUCAUUGCGGGCGUUGGCCCGGGCACGGUUUUCGCCCAAGUCUUUGCAAAAGCCUAUCCCGUCGUGCUCCUCUCGCGCAGCGCGAAUUCCUUCGAGGAAGUUGUUAACGAAAUAAAAUCAACAGGGAGGGAAGCGGUGGGCGUUGUCGCUGACCUCACUAGCGUGGAGAGCACGCGUGAUGGAUUCGCAAUCAUCAGCAGGCUAAUCCCAGACCGACCGCUAGCAGCUGCUGUAUUUAACGCGGGUACUCUUGUCCGCAAGCCAUUCUUGGAUCUCUCAGCUACAGAGUUCCAUGAUGCCUUUGCGAAGAAUGCGUAUAUUUACUCCUCUGCCAAACUCUCAUCAAACCCGUGGAACAAUACUGAUAGCAGCAACAGCGGCGCCGGCUUCAAUUUCUCUCAGGCUGUCCUUCCCUUACUCCUUCGGUCACGGCAGCGGGAGUCACACCCACCGACUCUCAUCUUCACUGGUGCAACUGCUAGUUUGAAAGGAUCAUCGAGAUUUGCGCCCUUCGCGGCUGGGAAAUUCGCCUUGCGUGCCGUGGCGCAGUCAUUGGCGAGAGAAUACACCUGCUACUAA